AGGCCGGGUGGCCCACCCUGGUCUCGCCGUUACACUUUGAGACCUGCGCCUCCUACCACAUAUCUUACAGAUCAACUGCUCAUGAAACAUGGUGAAAGGCAAAGUUUGGACGCUUAAAACGAAGUUUGAUGGAAAAGUGGAAAAGUCUAAUUUCGCGCUUGUUGAGGAGGAGGUCUCUGACACCCUCAAAGAUGGUGAAUACCUGACCGAAGCGCUUCACUGGACUGUUGAUCCGUACAUGAGGACGAGCGAGCUUGGACGAGUUGAGCCGGGACAGUGUAUGCCAGGAGAACAGAUAGCCAAGGUGAUCGCCAGUAAAAACUCCAACCAUCCCGUUGGAAGCAUCGUUCGGGUAUACGCAGGAUGGCGCACCCAUACCAUUCUUUCAAACGAACCAUCUCCGCGAGUUAUAAAAAUGCCGGAAAUGGGUGAUCUCCCUUUAUCUUUAGCCCUUGGUACCAUGGGCAUGCCCGGUAUGACGGCUUACUUUGGUUUCCUGGAGAUUUGCCAACCGAAGGAAGGGGAAACGGUACUUGUCAAUGGCGCCGCUGGGGCAGUGGGUAGUCUGGUCGGACAAAUUGCCAAAAUAAAAGGAUGCAAAGUGGUUGGGUGUGCUGGAACUGAUGCCAAAUGUAAAUGGCUGAAGGAAUUAGGUUUUGAUGAAGUUUUCAACUACAAGAAAGUGGAUCUAUCCGAGGCGCUGAAGGCGGCCGCUCCGGACGGGUUUGAUUGUUUCUUUGAUAAUAUCGGAGCAGAUUUCACGGCUACAGCACUAAAACACAUGAAAACAUUCGGCCGAGUUUCGAUAUGCGGACAAAUAUCUGCUUACAACAACAAGGAGCCUCCAAAAGGUGACUACCCAUUUAUGUUUAUCCUCGGUAAACAGUUGAAGAUUGAGGGAUUUAUCGUGAUGAGAUGGCUUCAAAGAUGGGCAGAGGGAGAAAAAGCCAUGGCACAGUGGAUCAAAGAGGGGAAAAUCAAAUACAAAGAAACAAUAUACAAAGGUAUCGAGAAGAUGCCCGAAGCCUUUACGGGACUGUUUGAUGGAGCCAACACCGGAAAAGCAAUUAUUUCUGCUUAAUUUUAAAAACCUCGACCUUAACGGAACAGAGCUACAAUCUCAAGUUUUGGAUAAAACUUGAUAAGUUGGAACAACAUAUACAAAAUACAAUUUUAUAAUAUUCCUUCACUUUAACAAGAUGUUAGAAUAAAUUAAUCGAAACAGGA